GAAAAAUACAAUGAACAAAUAAAUUGAGUGGGCAUUAUUAAAAGUUCCUUUUCUGUGACAUGAGAGGAUUAACUAAAGGUUUUCUUCCUAUAAGUAGCAAAGCUCAAGUCUAAUCUUUUACAGCCCAUUUGCCAUGAUGAUGAAAGGUCCUCGCUUUUGCAGUUUAAGGAAAGUUUCGUUAUAGACAAGUCUGCUUCUGGUGAUUCUCUUGCUUAUUCAAAAGUUGCCUUCUGGACCAACCAAGAAGAGGCAAGAAAUUGUUGCAUGUGGCAUGGUGUUGAGUGUGAUGAGAUCACUGGUCAUGUCAUCAGUCUUGAUCUUAGCAGCAGCUAUCUCUAUGGCUCUCUUGACUCCAAUAGCAGUCUCUUCAACUUGGUUCACCUUCAAAGACUUAAUCUUGAAGACAACCAUUUCAAUUACUCUCAAAUACCCUCUGCUAUUAAGAAACUUUCAAAGCUCAACUAUCUCAACCUAGCAGACUCUUUCUUCUCUGGCCAAGUUCCUUCAGAAGUUUCAGAACUAUUCAAAUUAUCACAUCUUUAUUUGUGUGGUAAUGUUGAUUUAGUUUCUAUGAAAUAUCUAUUGAAACUCGAAAAGUCUAAUUUUGAGAGCCUGAUUUCGAACCUAACAAGCCUUGAGGAACUUUGUCUCAGCCAUGUUGUCAUAUCAUCAACAGUGCCAAAAUCGUUGGGAAAUUUGUCUUCUUUGACAUCCUUACUUCUUAGGGAAUGCGAUUUGAAAGGUGAAUUCCCAGCCAAUAUCUUUCAACUACCAAAUUUACAGUUUCUCAGUGUAAAGUUGAAUGAUGAUCUCAGUGGAAGUUUACCUACAGUUUUUUCUUCUUUGAUUGGGUUGGAUGUUUGUGGGUGCAACUUUUCAGGAAUGAUUCCAGAUUCCAUGGGCAAGCUAAACCAACUCAUUUUUCUUGACCUUUCUCAAAAUAAAUUUAUAGGAAAAAUCCCUUCUUUUGUUGGAAACCUAACUCAACUCAAUGAGUUAAGUCUUCACUCAAAUAAAUUUAGUGGUCCAGUUCCUUUGUCUUUAUCGAAGCUCGUAAAUUUAGAAACUCUUUUCCUGGAUAGUAAUAAUUUGAGUGGUAUUCUUGAUUUUGACAUGCUUAUUGGCAUGAAAAACCUCAGUGCCCUUGGUUUAUCCGAAAACAAACUCUCAUUAGUGUUUAGUUCUAGGAUAGAUGAAACCUUUCCACAAUUAACAACACUUCGAUUGUCCAGAUGCAAUUUAAGAAAUUUUCCUGAUUUUCUUAGGCAUCAAAAAAGAAUUGUGGAUUUGAAACUUACAGGAAACCAUAUCAGUGGUCAAAUACCAGAUUGGAUGUUGAGCAUAAGCAGAGAAACAUUGUCCAUCUUGUACCUUUCUGAAAACUCUUUGAUUGGGGAGCUUUCGUCUGCUGUAUGCAAUCUUAGUUCUCUUAAACUGUUCGACAUUUCUAGUAAUAAGUUGGGUGGUAAGCUUCCUCAUUGCCUGUGUAGGUUCAGUAAGUCAUUAUCGAUAUUAAGUCUUAGAAACAAUACUUUCACCGGUAAUAUUCCUGAAUUUACAGAGGGAAUCCAAUUGAGGAUUAUUGAUUUUGGUUACAAUUUGUUUGAAGGAAAACUAUCAAAAUCACUUACAAAUUGUAGGAUGCUUGGUUACCUCAACAUGGAAAGCAAUAACCUCAAUGAUGUUUUUCCCUAUUGGUUGGGGAUUCUUCCAGAGUUGGAAGUUCUUGUAUUGAAAGGUAAUGAAUUUCACGGAAUUAUUGGGGAUCCCAUGACCAACCUCCAUUUCCCAAAAUUACGUAUAAUUGAUCUAUCUUACAAUAACUUCAUUGGAAAACUACCACUGAAAUACAUCCAAAGUUGGAAGGCCAUGAGAAGUACAAGCAUUGAAGAUUUUAAUUAUUUGAAAUCGAUACCCUUCAAAAUCAAAACUUAUAAUGGUUAUAGUUUGAAUGUGAUUUAUUUUUAUCACAUUACAAUAGCAAUCAAAGGCAAGUCUAUAUACUAUAAGGAGAUCCAAAAUAUUAUUGCAGUCAUAAACCUCUCCAACAAUAAAUUUGAUGGAGAAAUUCCUGAAAUCAUUGGAAAGUUAAAAGGGCUCUAUUCUCUUGAUUUAUCAAACAACCGUCUCAAAGGUGUCAUACCUUCAUCAUUAGGAAAUCUAAGAGGGCUUGAAUCCUUAGACCUUUCCCAAAAUGAGCUUUCAAGAGAAAUCCCUAGUGAGUUGGAUAGACUUUCAUUCCUUGGAUACUUUAAUGUUUCAUACAAUCACCUCUCAGGGUCUAUACCACAAUAUCAUCUAAGUACCUUUGAGAGUAGUUGCUACGAGGGAAACUUGGGAUUGUGUGGUAUUCCAUUGCCAAACUUAUGUGGACACUCCAAACCUUUGGAGCAACCACUUCCAUCGUUUGAAGAAGAUUCAAGCACUCUUUUUCAAUUUGGUUGGAAAGUCGUGGCAGUAGGAUAUGGAUGUGGAUUCUUAAUAGGAUUGUUCGUUGAAAAAUUUGUGAAUGCGAGAAAGCCAAAUUGGUUAGUGAUGAUCUUUGGGAUAAGUAGCUGAAGCAAGAAGGAACCAAAGGAUCUGAUUAUCGCACUGGGGGUUGAUUCUUAACUCCCCAUUUCUGUACUUAGAUCUUGUUGUGUUGUUUUGUAGUAGUAAUUUAUGCUUUUGUAUAAUCACUGUAUUAUUUGUUUGUACCAAGUUUUUGUUGAAUGAAAUAAUCCGUACCCUCUAUAUUGAACUAUAACAAA